AGCCACAAGUUGUGCUUUGCGCAUGACGGCGUUUCCUUCCCUGUGACACCGCCACCUGAGUAGGGCUUGGAACAGCCACCGCAAAGCUGAGCAUGGCCUCCACGCUGGUGCUCGCGGCGGCUUUCGCCCUGCUCCUGCGGUGCACGGCUCGUGGGUCGGGAUGUGCUCGCGACCAGUACCCCUUGGGACACGGGAAAUGCUGCAAGAAAUGUCCACCAGGGUCUGAGCUGGAAAAACGCUGCACAUUUCGGGAUGACACGUUAUGCGUUCCAUGCGAAGAGCACUCCUACAACGCGGACUUCACCGAGAAGCGGUGUAAACGUUGCGCAGUCUGUGAAAGAGAGAGAGGUCUCCAAGAGGUGAAGCCAUGCGAUCGGCUUUCUAAUACACAUUGCAUGUGUCUUCCGGGUUAUGAGGAAGUAGCCAACCAAGCAAGCAGAGAAGAUGAUAAAAGAUGUGAGCCCUGUCCUGCUGGUUCCUUUUCCAAAGGAGGGAAGGAGAAAUGUCGCCCUUGGACAAAUUGCACUGCUAAGGACCUGAAACUUCUCCGUCCUGGGAAACGGGAAGAGGACACCAUCUGCGAGGAGCAAGCCUCUGGCCUUUCAGAACCUUCUCCUACUGUCGCACUUCCCACCAGCUUCAAGGACAAGCAUAGCACAUGGACGACAGCAGCCCCCACCAGGUUUUACGGUAUCAGUUUGGUCAUUCACCCAAAGACGGAAACGACAUCGGAUAAAUCAGGCAUCUUCAUCGUUGUCGUUGUGCUUGCUGUGAUGCUGUUCGUAGCUGGAGGGGUAGGAUUGCUGUAUUUUCAGAAAGCUGGGGGCAAGAAGUCUCAAAGAAGACCGGGGGCGCUCUCAGAUGUUCCCCGUGAAGAUGGAAGAAAUAGCUAUCGUAUUCCGAUCCAGGAAGAGCAGAUGGACCACAAAGCCAGCCUAGCACAGAAUUGACCAGAAAACAACACGAUUUAAUUUCUGCGCCAAAAUGAAUCCAGUGUAGACCAUGUCUCCUGUUUCAUCCGUCUCUCCCUUCUUUGCUCCACCACUUCCUGAUCCAUCUCUGUUAUAAGGAAGUGAACGAGACCCUGUUCUUCCUUGUGUGUGUGUGUGUGUGUGUGUGUGUGUGUGUGGUUGCCAGUUCAGCACCUUGUUAUUUUAGGUGCUUUGAAAUAAAAGAAGCAGGUGCCAUUCCAGACAGUCCAAAGAACUGCUGAAUGGCUCAGUGGCUUAUGCAUCUGAGGUAGGGAGUUCGAUUCCCCCCCCCGGGCCUCCUUGACAGGGGCCAGUCUACAUGAUCUCCGGGGUCCCUUCUAUCAACAUAGUGCUGAGAUUUUAAAUAUUGUUAUAAAACAAGAA